ACGUUCUCCUGUGGCAAAAAUCUCCAGCAGUCAACGACUUCAUAGCUCAGCUACUGAGAAAGGCAAUUGCAGCAAAUUUCUAAAAUUUGGUGAUUUUGUUUGGAAGCAAGUGUUGUUUUUUUGCAUUUCGGCGAGUCGUGUUUUGCGUAGACCGAGACCCAAUAUUUUAAACGUGUUUUUCGCGCUUCGCUUUCGAAACCAAAACCAACAGUAAAUCAAAAUGGCUGAUGUGGCUGAGCAGAAAAAUGAGACCCCUGUUGUCGAGAAGGUGCCCGCUGAGGAAGUCGAUGCCGUGAAGAAGGAUGCUGUCGUCGCUGCUGACGAAGCAGCCGUCGAGAAGCCAACCACCACAGAGAACGGUGCCGCCGAUGAGGAGAGCAGUGCCAAGGAGAACGGUGCUGCUGCCCCCGCUGCCGAUAAGGCCGAGAAAGUCGCCGCCGAUGCCGUUGAUGGCGAGAAGGCUGCUGAGACUCCUGCCGCCGAAGCUGCAGAGGAGAAGAAGAAGGACGAGGAGGCGGCAGUCGCCGGCGAUGAGGCCAAGGAGAGCAGCGAGGCAGCACCCGCUGCUGUUGAGAACGGAGCCGAGGAAGCAGCCAACGGUGACUCAACAGACGCGCCCGUCGUCGAGGCAGUGAAGCGGAAGGUGGAUGAGGCCUCCGCCAAGGCCGAUGAGGCCGUUGCCACCCCCGAGAAGAAGGCGAAGCUGGACGAGGCCAGCACAAAGGAUGAGGUUCAAAACGGUGCCGAGGCCAGCGAAGUGGCUGCCUAAAUGGUGCUUCGUAUCGUUCCCGGUCUGCACCAGCCGCCGUACACACACAUUACUCGUACAUAUAAAUUACUUACUAACACUAAACAAGAACACACACACACACGAACACACAAAUGAACGCCCGCUCCCCCCACACGCACACCUCUGUGGGUACCGGCAAGCUUGAUAACGUUUGACACAUGUUUGGUUGGAGCGCUCGAGUGUGCUUGUGCGUGCGGGGGGUUCGGGCGCGCAAUUCUCUUUAAAAAUCCUGCAAUGGGAGCGUAGUCUUAAAGCGUCCCGAUUGUCUGUCUCUCUACUAACAAAUAAACCAACAAACAAACAAAACAACCAACAAAAAUUAAGAUGAAGAAAAUCCAUUAUCAUUUAAAAACCUUACUUAACUUAACUUUAAAAAAACGUAUAUAUAUAUAUAAAGCAAACGAUUAAGAAAGAACAAGCAAAAGUAAGAUGGCGAGACGGAACCCCUCUAUGUUUUAAGAUAAAGUUGUAAACGAAAAGCGUCAUUUAAUAAUUGUAAUAAAUACGAAGCAAAAGGAAAAUCCUCCCCAUUAUAUAAGACCAUGUGACAAAAAAAGAGCAUAAGCAUAUUUUUUCUUCUCCUAAUUUUACUGGUACGAUCCUAUAAUGUUUAUUAAUAUUUAUAUAUAUAUAUAUAUAUAUCAAGUUCAAAAACAAUUGCGAAAACAGCCAACUGCCACGCCCCCCGCACACAAACGCUGGCAAAAGAAAAAAAAAAGAACUUGAGAAAAAUUCGUAUAUAUAGAAACAAUAAAACCGGAUAAGAAAUUACAUUUUUA